AUGACUAAUGUUGUUCUGUCGCAUUGCGAUGUCACGCCGCCAUCUUGCAGCCUGCAUUCUCCAUCCUCCUUCCCUGGUUUUGGCGAUCACAUAUCGCCAUCACACUCUCUCCUAUCGAGAGGGAGUAUCAGUGUGGGAAUUGCAGCCCUCGGAAGUGCAAGCACACGACUCGGAGGGGAAAUAUCCAGGUAUUCCAAUUCCUUUGCCACAUCCAUUCCACAUCCCCGUACCGAAGCAGGCCUACUGAACGACCCUCAAGAAGCCGGGCUAUUACGUCAUUUCGUCAGUCAUCUGGCCAUUUCGUUUGAUCUAACAGAUUCUUCAUGCCAUUUUCGCAAAAUCGUGCCCCAGCGGGCUCUGAACGACCCAAUUUUGAUGAACGCAAUCCUCGCCGCCUCCGCCCGUCAUCUCAGCCGCGUCAGUGGAGGAGACCCAUAUAUUGCAGACACAUACCACCAAAAGUGUAUCCAGCAUCUCAUCCCGAUCCUCAGCGACGAGGCUGCAGUAUUGGACGAGAACCUUCUAGCUAGCACUGUCAUCUUGCGGUUCCUCGAAGAGAUCGAUGUGCCACUGUCGGGCAAAGUUCACUUGGACGGCGCAGGCCACUUGAUCGGAGCUCAUGCCUUCGUAAGUGCGCAAGAGAUCUCUGCGGUUUCUGGCGGCCUGCGACUUGCUGCCUUCUGGGUUGGUCUUCGGCAGGAGAUAUACGUCGCGUUCGUGAACCAGCGGUCAAUUUCUUUCCCCUUACAGCAUUGCACCGUCGAUCGCUCAUUUGGGGCUGCGGACGAAGGCACAUGGGCCAAUCGGAUCGUCUUCCACUGCGCAGAGACCAUACAAUGGUGCUUUGGACUUCUUGAGCAUGAACGAUCGACCGCCCGAUUUGAAGAGCUUUUAAGCUACGCUGGGAACUGGUGGAACUCCAUGCCUCCGUGCUUUACCCCUGUGUACUAUCGUUCUGCCGAUACCGACCCUAAUGCUGUAUUUCCAGAAGUUAUAUACUUCUCCGAUGCCGUUGUCACAGGCAUACAACACUAUCAUCUCACUCUCAUUCUGUUGAGAGCGUAUGAUCCCACGAUACCUAAACUUGGGUCUCGACGGACAACAGCAUUGAGAGAGAUGGAUAACGGGAUCAAGCAUCACACAAAGAUGCUUUGUGGGCUCGCGCUAAGCAACAGUAGCACGCCGCCGAACCUUGUGACCGCCUCGAUGGCAGUGACAAUGGCCGGUGACAAAUUCACAGCAAUAAAAGAGCAGGAAGCAUGCCUUCAAAUCUUAGAAACUUGUGAAGCUGAGCAUGGAUGGUCAACUACGACCGCUCAGAAAGAUCUCAAAGAAGCAUGGGGUUGGGACUGA